AAUCGGAGAAGUUUGCCUGUAUGAAGAAAUAUACAAUAUGGCGCACAUAAAUUACAGCGAUAAUAAACACAAAGAUUUAAUAUGGUCAAUAAUUGGAACAAAAUUGAAAACACCAGGUUCAUUAUGUAAAGCGCGAUGGAUGUUACUUAAAGAACAAUUUAUAAAAGCAUUAAAAAAUAAAACAAUAAGUGGACAAGCAGCUGUCGUACCAAGAAAAUGGAUUUACGAGGAUUCUAUGAAUUUUUUAAUUCCAUUUUUGAGAGAACAUGAAAUAAAUUCCAACAUAGCAUCUUCUGAUGUUAUUGUUAUAAGUGAUGACGAAGACAUUUCCCAGGUGAACAAUAUGGUAAUGGAAAUUGAAAUUGGACGUGAAACUGCAUCAUCUACUUUGAUGCAACAUUUAAUAAAUAGCGGAAAUAAUGAGUCAAAGAAAACCACUGAUGUACAUCUAAUAGACUCAUUUUUCCAUGGUCUGACUGCUACAGUCAAAACUUUCUCACCAAAAUAUCAAUUGAUGGCAAAAAAAAAACUUUUUAAUCUAGUGUCUGAUUUAGAGUUGGCACAAUUACAAAAUAACCAAAUGACACCAUCUACAAGUAAUUUAACAUCAGACUUGGGCUCUAAUUCAUCUACAA